AUGAAACCGCUGCCACUGAAAAACUUCAUAAAUAACAGGUUCGAGCUAAUCCGCCCUAUAGAUAGUGGCGGCGAAGGCAGUGUAUACAUAGCCAGAGAUCACCAAACGGGCAAAGAACUAGCCAUAAAGCUCUAUCAUGAGCCAGCAGGCUACAGAUCGUAUCAUCGCGAGGUCAGUGGGUAUCGCUACCUGGCUGGACUCAUGGGAGUCCCGAAGUUCUACUGGGCAGGACAAGAUCAACGAUACCAUGCCACAGCCAUUGAGCUCCUGGGGCCCAGCCUGGGCCAUUUGUGGCGCAACUGUGGGCGCAGAUUCUCCCUGAAGACUGUACUCCUACUGGCAGAUCAGUUGAUAUGUCGGUUUCAGGAGCUUCACUCGAGAAACUGUGUCCAUCGAGAUAUUAAGCCAGAAAACCUUCUUAUAGGAGUUGGGAGGAAGGCGAACAGGGUCUAUGUGGCGGAUUUGGGCUUCGUCAAGAGGUAUAGUGCGCUGAGCGACCAUCAGAUUUUGAAGCGGGAGCGUCACGAUAGGCGUCAAUGCGAGAGGAAUCCCGGGGUUGGCGUGGGUUUGCAGGGGACAGAGGUAUAUGCAGGUUGGCGGGCGCAUUAUGCGAAGCAACAAUCCCCCCGCGAUGACAUGGAAAGCCUAGGAUAUGUGCUCAUUCGUUUCCUCAAAGGCCACCUUCCGUGGGAGAGGUUCUGGGCAACAACUGGUACAGACUUGGAGAGACAAAUAGCCGUGGCUGAGAUGAAGCGCAAUAUACAUGUCGAACAGCUUUGCAAAGGCCUGCCGCCUGCGUUCAAUCUAUACUUCCUGCAUGUCUUUUUGAAGGCGACGCCUGACUACGCCUAUCUGCGAGAGACUUUCCGGAAACUGUUUCGGCGUGAAGGGUUCAGAGACGACCAGAUAUAUGACUGGACGUUCAAACAGGAGGCGGAGCUUCUACGGCAGCAUUGCAACAAUAGGCUUAAGGAAAGAGUGAAACAGUUUCUAUAA